AUGGAGAGGGAGAUGAGCGAAGGGAAUUGGAGCAUCGCCAAUGAGCUCCGCCUGGAAGGGAAACUCUGUGAUGUCAUCAUAAGAGUUGAUGGAGUGCAAUUCAAGGUUCACAAGCUCAUACUCUGGCGCAGUGCAGCCAGGGCCCAUGACCGAGGGGCCACAGUGGCCGGCGUGGUGGGCGUGGGGCGGCUGAUCACCGGCAUGGACAGGGGGCUGCAGGGCAUGUGCGUGAACGAGCGGCGUCACCUGGGCCCCACCUGGGCUACAGCAGCAUCGGCGUGGAGGGUCCAAAUGAUCCCCCGCACGCGCUCGGGCUGCCGGAUCCGGACCGUGGCUUUCUCCAGCUCGGGCACCUGCGGGCAGAGCAGAGACCCCGCUCGGUGCCGCCCUGGUGGGACCGAGGAGCCUCCAGCGCCCUCCUGGCCGCGCUCCCCCGCCCAGCCCCGGGGCCGCCGCUGCCCCAGCCCGGGCUCCCGGCCCGCGGACCCCGCUCACCAUCGCUCCCGCUCCGCUCCCGCCGGGCUGCGCAGCCGCUGUCAACCUGUCAACCUGUGCUGCGAGUUCCUCCGUUCCAGACUGUGCUUUGAGAACUGCAUUGGCAUCUGCAGAUUCACCGACUAUUACUACUGCCCCGACCUGCGCGCAGCCGCCUGCGCGUACAUCCUGCAUCACUUCGAGGAGGUGUCCCAGGUGUCCGAGGAGUUCCUAGCCCUCUCUGCUGAGGAGCUGGCACAUAUCAUCGAGAAGGACGAGCUCAACGUGAGGCGAGAAGAAGCCAUGCUCGAGGCUGUGCUGAGGUGGAUCGCUCAUGACCCGCAGAACAGGAGGCAGUACAUCGCCUGCUUGCUGGACAAGGUUCGACUGGCACUCCUACCGUCUGACUACUUCAUGAACAACGUCAAAGCUCACGAGUACGUGAAGGACAAUGCUGGGUGCAAAGAUCUCAUCAGUGCCCUGUCAGAAAUCUACGACCUGAACUCGGAUGGCCAGAGCUCCUCGGCCAACACCAACCCACUCUCCCGGCCGCGCCUGCCUUACGCCAUCCUCUUUGCCAUCGGGGGCUGGAGCGGGGGCAGCGCCACCAGCGCCAUCGAGACCUACGACGGCCGCACCGACAAGUGGCUGAACACCCCCUGGGAGCAAGAGAGCCCUGUUGCCUUCCACGGCUCAGUGUAUUUGAAAGGCUACAUCUACGUCAUCGGCGGAUUUGAUGGCACAGAUUAUUUAGACAUCAUCAAGCGGUUUGACCCACUCCAGAAGACGUGGCAGCAGGUGGCACCCAUGCACUUGCGGCGCUGCUACAUCAGCGUCACCGUCGUGGACAACUUCAUCUACGCCAUGGGAGGGUUUGACGGGUCCAUAGAGCUCAACACAGCAGAGCGCUACGACCCAGACACCAACCAGGGAUGGAGUGACAGUCACUGGACUCCAGGGGUUGCCUCCCCAUCAGGGGCUUCAUUCGGGGGGGAAGCAGCGGCUGAAGCUCUUCCUGCAGUCGGGGCACUCGACGGCUUCUCUUACUGGUGGGUCCGUUGGUGUGAGGUCAACAAAUGUCCACUCUGA